ACCAGCAGCUGCAGUUGUUUCACGUCAAAACAAUCCGGAAGACGAUACAAGACGAGGACUGUUGCUGUUGUUGUUGUUGGAGCUGGGACGAGGUUGAGGCUGAAUUAAUAACAUUACUGCUUUAAAGGACAUUAGUGGAACUUAAUAAUGUUGUUGAAUAGAAGACAAACAUAGCGACACAAGCGAAGGUUGUCCAGUUUUAUGAGUUUGAAGCCUCCUUGCGUUUGUUAUUGGAUUCAAAGUCCAUGAUAUCGCAGCAGAUCUAGUUGUUGAAGUGUUAGCUCAUCGCAGACUGAUCCAGAGUCGUCAUGGGCAAUGGGAUGAAUAAGGUUGUCGAUGGACUCUACCUUGGGAAUAUAAGAGAUGCAGAAAACAGAGAAAGUCUGUCAAAGAAUGGCAUCACUCACAUCCUGUCUGUGUACAACAAUGCUAAACCCGUGUUUGAGGACAUGACGUAUCUUUGUAUUCAUGCAGCUGAUGCUUCCAGCCAGAACCUAUUACAACAUUUUAAAGAGUGCAUCAGCUUCAUCCAUGAAUGUCGCCUGAAUGGUGGAUCUUGUCUCGUUCACUGCCUUGCAGGUGUGUCCCGCAGCACUACUAUGGUGGUGGCGUACCUGAUGACCGUCACACACUACAGCUGGGAUGAGUGUCUGACUGCAGUCAUGGCUGUUCGCUCCUUCGUCGGCCCAAACUAUGGCUUCCAGCAGCAGCUGCAGGAGUACCAGACGACACAAGUCUCUGAGUACCGAGCAUGGUUACGGUCCAGUUUCCGUCCCAGUCCAUUUAAUGACCAGGAUCAGGUGGGUGUCCUGCUGAGCCAGUACACAGAGCAACAGGAGAGCCAGAGGAGAGGAGCAGACCAGCGCUGGAUAAAACCAGGUGUAGGUGUGUCUGCCAUGCCAUCCAAACCUGAUGAUGCUCAAGGCAGCAGCUGAAACAUGGGCCUGUGAUCGUACUACAGUCCUGCCCAAGGCUGUCUGUAAACGGCAGUAGCUAUUAUUCUGUACUCAAUUCCAAAUCAACCCCAAGCUGUAUCCACAACUGUAAGGCCUUUGUACAACUCUGAAAGCAUAGGAUGAAAAAAAUCCCCCCUUAAAAGCCAAGCAUAUCUUUCAUAGCUUAUUUGCAUCGGUCUAAUCAUUUUUAAUCAAUGGAGGUUGAUUUAGAAUUGGGCUACGGACUCUAAUCCACUACCAGUACCUUCCUUGCUCCCUUAACAGAGUACAGCCACAACCGGGGAAUCGGUGCUCACAGACGCCUUACUUUAAACACCUCAACACCUUAGUCAUGAUGAAUAAACUACACUCUCAUGUGGACUCUUCGCACCUGCACAGUUCAGCUCGGUAGCCUUAAAGAAGUGACUGAUUAUGCUGUCUUAAAGGAACAUUUUGUCUCUUAAUUAUUUGGAUGUCUAGUCUGUGCUGGUGGACAAUGAAAUCCACAAAUCUGCAACCAAUUUGAUGCCAAUUAUUCUGACACGUACCAGUUUGCAGUCCUGGCGAAGUUGGCUGACAAAAAAAUGGUUAUUAUGUACAUCCUACUGAAAGCAAGCCUGUCAAAUGUGUAAAAACUAUUGACAUUACAUCCACUAGUAAAAUACACAGUAACCAAACAAUGGUCAUGGUGUCGUUAGCAAAUACGCUUGCCACUUAUAACAACAAGAAAUAUA